AUGGGCGGCGGCUUCAAAUGGAAAGACAAGCCCACCUCCACUGCACAAGAUGACUCAGCUGCCUCGAAGCCCAAAACUCUAGAUAGAGGCUAUCGCGAGGCUCCUCCGCCCCGCCCGGCUUCACCCGUCAAAGACGAACUAGCCUCCAAGUUCGGUGAUGACUACAGCACGCGCUACGCCCGCAAGCCCGCAGCCGAUGACUCGCCCACAACAGCUCCCGCAUCAAAUCCAGAAGCCGCGGUCAAGAAAGAGAAGAAGAAGAAAUCGGGGUCGGCGGGCCCCAAGCCCACCUCUGAGCCUCUCAUCAUUGUCAACGUCAACGACCGCUUGGGCACCAAAGCCGCCAUCCCCUGUCUUGCGUCCGAUCCGGUGAGAUUGUUUAAAGCGCAAGUGGCUGCGAGAAUUGGGAGGGAGCCGCAUGAGAUUAAGUUGCAGCGGCAGGGGGAGAGGCCGUUUAAGGAUCAAUUGACUUUGGAGGAUUAUGGGGUUAGUAGUGGGGUGCAGUUGGAUUUGGAGGUUGAUACGGGAGAUUGA